AUGGGACAUUAUAUUGGGUUGUAUCAAUUUGGAAAAGAAGUGAUGAAUAGAAAAAAUCUUAGCAUUUAUGGCACUGACAGAGUAUGCCAGUUUUUUGGAAGAAAUGAACCGUGGACAUCAUUUAUCAAUCAAGGAAAUUUUCAAAUGCAACCAAUAGAACCAGACAGGAUGAUCAAAUUGUCUGAAAAUGUUUCGAUCAAACCUCUAUUAGUUCCGCAUCGUGGUGAAUAUAGUGAUACUGUUGCAUAUUAUGUUAAAGGUCCGAAUAAAACUAUCUUUUAUUGUCCGGAUGUGGACACAUGGCACAAGGGAUGGUCAAUACAUAUAACGGACGUGAUCAACUCGGUUGACCGAGCAUUUUUGGAUUCAACCUUUUUUAGUGGUGACGAACUACCUGGUCGAAACAUAAAUGACGUUCCACAUCCGACAACUGUUGAUACAAUCAAAACACUCAAUGGACUUGAAAAUAAGGUUACUCUUAUACAUUUGAACCAUACGAAUCCAUUGUACAGGGAUGGAAAAGAAAGAGAGCAAUGUGUCAAACUUGGGUUCGAUAUUACCCAGCAAGGUUCAACAUGGCAGUUGUAA